AUGUCCAACCUAUCACUGGCAAGUCACAAACGGAUACUCACGCGGUAUACUAACCAAUUGCAAAAAGUUCUACCCCGAUUCAAAGACGCGCAGUUAGAAGAAAUCAGCGUUCAAAACCUGCAAGAUGAGAUAACGCCCACCGUUAUUCAAACAAGCCUACAGCAGUUAGAGGAAGCAGUGGCAGCGUUAGAAAACAUGACCACAAAGAUUCAACACGCACUAGAUGAACUCGCUACCAUGUUCGAAAAGUCACACCCAACGUCACCGAAUAUUGAAGAAGAGUUCGCACAGUACUCAACUACUGUUGAAGAAGCCAUUGGCAAUACUUUCGAAUACCUUGCACUCCUUCACGCUCAGAUCCAUGGCUUCAAGGCUCAUGCUGAGCUUCUCAACACAUCCCACAAACACUCCACUACGAAUAGUAGUAAAGAUGAAUCCACCGUCACCGCAGUCGUGAAAAAUCUGGAGCUACCCACAAUCCCAAUCCCAACAUUCAAUGGCGACAUCUGGGACUGGGAUAACUUUUGGGAGCUUUUCAACUUAAACGUACAUUCACAAAACCUUUCAGAGCUACAAAAAUUCAAUUACCUACUUAACUCCUUAAAAGGGGAACCUCUACAAUCGAUGAAGAAGUUCCAACUCACCAGNACGCCCACCGUUAUUCAAACAAGCCUACAGCAGUUAGAGGAAGCAGUGGCAGCGUUAGAAAACAUGACCACAAAGAUUCAACACGCACUAGAUGAACUCGCUACCAUGUUCGAAAAGUCACACCCAACGUCACCGAAUAUUGAAGAAGAGUUCGCACAGUACUCAACUACUGCUGAAGAAGCCAUUGGCAAUACUUUCGAAUACCUUGUACUCCUUCAUGCUCGGAUCCAUGGCUUCAAGGCUCAUGCUGAGCUUCUCAACACAUCCCACAAACACUCCACUACGAAUAGUAGUAAAGAUGAAUCCACCGUCACAGCAGUCGUGAAAAAUCUGGAGCUACCCACAAUCCCAAUCCCAACAUUCAAUGGCGACAUCUGGGACUGGGAUAACUUUUGGGAGCUUUUCAACUUAAACGUACAUUCACAAAGCCUUUCAGAGCUACAAAAAUUCAAUUACCUACUUAACUCCUGA